AUGAAAAGCCAAUCCAUCACCGCUUUCAUGAAGGGUCUGAAGAUCAUCUUCGCCCAGAUGGAGACAGUUCCUUACAGGCCCUGCCAAAAGCGGGUCCUUAAACAAGCUGCCACUCCCCCACCAACCAUCGAUCUCGACCUGGGAGACGACGAGCUCUUCCCAUGCGAGUGCACUCUACAGGGCAUAAACUCCCUGGAUGUCGCCUACCUCAGCAAUCCACUACUCAGCUCGCUCAAGACCAAGGAGUGCGGCCUGAACUACAACAGGCGCGCUCUCGAUGCCCUAGAGCCCAUGAGCGCCUGCACGCGGUGCUCUGGGAAGGACUACCACCUGGUACGGACGUACGAGGGCAAGGACCAGCAGCCCCUUUUGCUGGACGAUUACCAGCUUGCGACGGUCGACGAACGGGCUGCGCUGCUGUGUAUGUUCACCUAUGUCGAGAUAAAGCGAUUCCACGACUGUGUGGGUAGCAUUAUUGAGGCGCUCAGGGAGCAGGCCAUGUUUGAUGAGGAUUCGUGGGCCGUCAUCAAGGGUCAGGCCUAUAAGUUGGCCAUCGAUACGGCUGGGCUUCGCUUCAAAUCCAUCCACUGUUAA